AUGACAAUGUGGGGUGGGUCGACUGGAGUGGAAGAUCGAUGGCAGUUUGCGAAUGGAGUGACAUUUGUCGGUGGGCGAGUGACGGAAUUCGGAAAUGUAGUGGCAAGCGGAUUGGACGUGGGGAUGACGUACCUCGCUCCGUUUGGUGGGUCUGAAAGGGAAUUACGAAUGCGAAAAGAACACCAUGUCAAGAUGAAUAUGUUAGCGCAGCUUUUACUUGCUACAGGUUUACGCUGCGAGGUGUUGGAGCGUAACAAAAUGCAAGCAAUGCUUUGGCGUAAAUUGAUUGUGAAUGCAGCCAUCAAUCCUCUCGCGUCUCUGUUGGAUGCUCCUAACAAGGCAAGUUCUGGAAGUGUCGCUUCUAGCGAAGGCAGUCGGCAUUGUGUGCAGAUGGUGGUGCAGGAGGCUCUCGCCGUUGCGAAAAGCGAGCAGAUUCCCGUGAAUUGCUCCCAAAGCGAACUUGUGGAUGAUAUCCUUGAAGUGGCUCGCAACACGGGAAACAACGUGUGCUCCAUGCUGGCAGAUCUGCGUCGCGGUUCAAAAACUGAGAUCGACGCUAUCACUGGCCGCAUUGUUGCAGGUGGCAAGCGGCACGGAGUUCCCACUCCGACGAAUGGACUGCUGCUUUCGCUGAUCAAGGCACUUGAGGAAGACGGAACGCGACGAAUCGAAUAG